AUGACUAUUAAGUUGGUCAUUGGGGGUUUUACGGUGCAUGUCUGUAGUGCUUAUGUGCCACAGGUAGGACUAGGGGAGGAGAAAAAGAGGACUUUUUUGGAGGUCCUGGAUGAGGUGCUCCGAGGCGUGCCUAGUUCGAAGAAGCUUCUCAUAGGAGGGGACUUCAAUGGGCACAUCGGGCAUUUGCCGAUUAGUUACAAUGAUGUUCAUGGUGGCUUUGGUUUUGGGGAUAGGAAUAAUGAGGGUACUGCUCUAUUGGAUUUUGCGAGGGCCUUUGGGUUGGUGGUAGUGAACUCUAGCUUCCCGAAGAAAGAAGAGCAUUUGGUUACUUUCUAUAAUGAGGAGGAGAAGAGAAGAUUUUGGGAGUUUUUGGAUGAGGUGGUUCAAGGCGUGCCAAGCUCGAAGAAGAUUUUCAUUGGAGGGGACUUUAAUGGGCAUAUCAGGUCAAUGCCGUUAGGGUAUGAGGAUGUUCUUGGUGGCUUUGGUUUUGGGGUUAGGAAUGAUGAGGGAAUUUCUAUUUUGGAUUUUGCGAGGGACUUUGGCUUGGUGGUGGUGAAUUCAAACUUUUUGAAGAAGGAGGAUCACCUGGCUACUUUUCGUAGUAGGCUAGCUAAGUCUUAA